ACCUUAACACAAAUUUCAAAAAACAAAAAAAAAAAAGUUUCUCUCAAUUCACACAUCCCAAUAAAAUCGAUGUCGGACCCACAAUCCGCUAGCGCCGGUGACGCCAAUGACAACGCCCUCGCCAAGACCGCUGGCUUCGUGGUCUUCUCCGGCAUCGUAAUGAGCAUUCUCAAAGCCCUAACCCCUCUCCCCAAGAUCACAACAGAACCGCAACCACUCGCCGAGUCAACUCAGCAGAUCAACAUUCCUCCUAAAGAACCCCUCUUGAAGAAACCAAAUACCUGUAUAGAUCAAAAUGCGCCAAAGGCCCCAGAAUCCUCAAAUAGAACAAUACAGAUUGUGAAAGGCGACACUCUUUGGGGACUCUCUAGAAAAUAUGGGGCAUUUCUCAUACUUCUCAUAUUUAUUUGUGCAUUGCAUAAAUACAUUUCUUUAUUUUGUGGAGAUAAUUUGUGA